CCAAGGAGGUGGUUGUUUUGGAUUACAAGUUUCCUGAGUUAUUUAAGACAAUCACAAUGUUACCGCAGGAAUGUUAACCUAACCUAAAAUUGUGCUAGGUAUAGAUUAAUAAUAGGUUGCGUUCCGCCGUCUUCGAAUUGAGUAUGGCAUUGCACAAAGGACGAAUUGGCGAGAUUCCGCAGGGUACAAUACAGUUAACUGAAGAAGAGGCAAAAGAAUACCAGUACAGAGUUAUAUUUGGGUGGACACCACAACGAGAAGUAUGGCCAUUGCACUAUGGUUAUGGAAUUCUGGGUGCUUGCAGUGCUUUAUCAGGCAUGUAUAUCAAUAACUAUUUUAGAAGCAGAUUAAGACUUCAUACUUAUGGUAGGGUGUCCAGUUACCUACCUGUUAUAGCACUUCCUGCCUUGAUGUCAGCAUUAUUUCAUCAACAGUCCAGUUACCACUUGUUUGGAAAGCAGAAAAAUGAGUACUCUCCCACAAGGAAGCCUCGAACUACUACACAGUGUCUUUUCUGUUGAGAUGGGAAUGGAACAAGUCACUAGUCAUGUAGAGUAUAUGAAAUUAGUGUACCUCUGAAAUAUUUGCUUGAACAAGUGAAGUUUUUGCAGAAGACAGUUAUAAGAAGUUAGUUACUGAAGUGUUAAUGCUAAAAGUUCGGAGAGGAAAUGACCCUGUGUGUAACGGCUUCAGAAGCAGUAUAAUUUCAUUGUGGAAAAUAAAAAUAAACUUAUUUUUUCAGUGAAGGAUGAGAGAAUUUCCAAUUUUUUUACUGUGCAUCUGAUAGUAAACUUUGUAGCUCUGCUUGCAACACAUGCACCAAGUGGAUGUAAAAGACAAAAACUGUCUGAUCAAGGAACAUUCAUAAUGGUACAGAAAAAAUUCUGCUUAUUAUUGUCUAGCCAUGCCAUUAAAGGCAAACAGAUUAUAAAAAGGAAUAUUUGUUAAGCCAUUGAUUCUCUUUGAAUUUAGUCAUGUAAAUUUGAUGGACGUUGACAAUUAACCAAAUGGAAAGUAUUCAUUCAUAUUGUUAUAUCAAGAUCACUGCACAAACUUUUUGUUAUCCUUAAAGCUCUUGAAUGUAAGUGAGUUGUCAAGAUGGCCUGCAUCCUGACCAACACUGACAUGAGUACCAUCUAUACUGCAGUUUUUGAAAGGAAGGGUAAUUUCCAAUAAACUCUUGUUUCCAAUCUGAAAAAUAUUUGACCUGUACUUAUAAUUCUCAUGGUAAAUUCUACCACAGUGAAAGCCAGGAUACUGUGGAGAGGGCUAGCCAGGAUAUGUUAACGUUAAUAUGCCCAGAGCACCUUUGUCUGUACAAAAAUCCGUCUCCAUUGAGAUUCACUCCAAUAUUUGCUCAAAGGAAAACAGUGGAAACCAUCGGUGUCAGGACUGUAUCCAUCAUAUUCAUGUAGUUUGUGGGGUCAGUUCUGAAGAAAAUGAAGGGGGUACAGCAAUAGACAGAGAGAGAAAGAGAGCAAGAAAGAUGCAAAUGACAAGAAAACUGAAGACAAGAGACUCUUGUGCAGCAAGCAAAAAGAAUGAAAAAUUUGUCUAAGAAUUGCAUACCACAAGCAUACCUAGGAUCUAUAGUACUAGUACUUGUUCCUGAGCAUAGGCAACUGAACAUGGUUGUAUGCUGUUUAUCAGCUUUUGUCAUGGAAAUAACAUCAUUUAAUUUUGUUUUGUUGUGGUAUUCUGCUUGGCAUGAAAAAUAAAUUAUCUUCUGGUAUUCUAAAAAACUCAAUAUUUCGGUAACUGGGACUGUUUCUAUUCUGAGGUGAAAGGAUGGGAGGCACAUACACUGUUGGUUUCAUUAGAAAGAGCUAACCUCAGUUACUGGACAACCUGAGUAACUGGUAAUUGGGACUGUUUCCAUCCUGAGGUGAAAGGAUGGGAGGCACAUACACUGUUGGUUUCAUUAGAAAGAGCUAACCUCAGUUACUGGACAACCUGAGUAACUGGUAAUUGGGACUGUUUCCAUCCUGAGGUGAAAGGAUGGGAGGCACAUACACUGUUAGUUUCAUUAGAAAGAGCUAACCUCAGUCACUGGACAACCUGUCGGUAUAACUAUAUCUGUAAAUUUUAUACUGCAUUGGUGUUUAUGAAUUUGAGUGUGGAUUAUGCAGGAAUUUUAUAGAAUAUGUUGGUAAAGUGAUGUGCUAUGUAUGAUAAUCAAAAUUUUUAGAUCGGUAAUUCAUAUUUAGAUGAAACUAGGCAGAAUGCUUACAAAUUUGUCCUUAGAUACACACUUCAUUCUACAAUAUCUUUAUGCUAAAACUUCAGAAUAUCUGUGGUAUCAGUUACUUUUAAUUAUUUGUUAUCAGUUGAUAACAUUACCAGUCUAUUUUGCCUGCCCUGACUUAUAGAUAGACAGUCAGUCAGUCUGUAAUAUAUUCAGUUCUGAGAAAUU